UUUCUAGGAGACGUGAGGCCGCCCGCCCUGACAACGGAGCCACUUUAACCACCCCCUGGCUGCCGUUAGCACGAGUCGGCAACCGUUAAACAGCACAGCCCUUUGUUUCAGUUGUAGCUGACAUUUAAACCUCCCCCGAUUUUAUUUAUCGGUGCUGUAUAUCCUUUAUCAUGGCGGCGAGUGCCAAACGAAAACAAGAGGAGAAACACCUGAAGAUGCUGAGGGAAAUGACGAGUUUGCCCCCCAACAGAAAGUGCUUUGACUGCGACCAGCGCGGCCCAACCUAUGCCAACAUGACCGUGGGCUCUUUCGUGUGCACCUCCUGCUCUGGCAUCCUACGAGGACUGAAUCCGCCCCACAGAGUCAAAUCCAUCUCUAUGACAACCUUUACGCAACAGGAAAUUGAGUUCCUACAGAAGCACGGCAAUGAGGCAUGUAAACAGAUUUGGCUCGGACUUUAUGACGAUAGAACCACAUCAGUACCGGACUUCAGAGAACCACAGAAAGUCAAGGAGUUCCUUCAAGACAAAUACGAGAAGAAGAGAUGGUUUGUACCUCCUGAACAAGCCAAGGCGGUGGCCUCCGUCCACGCCUGCAUCUCUGGUUCCUCCAAUAGCGGCAGCACCAACAGCACCCCCGAGGUCCGACCGCUCAAAGCUCUGCUGGGAGACUCCGCUCCAGCUCUGCACCUCGGCAAGAGUACACCUCCAAAUCAGUCUCCGGUGGUGAGCCGUGGACAAACCCAUCCGCAGCAGUUCCACGACAAGAAGUUCGACCUCCUCAGUGACCUGGGUGGAGACAUCUUUGCUGCCCCGACCAAUGUGAACACGGCUGCCAGCUCCAGCUUUGCUAACUUUGCACAUUUCAACAGCCACACAACGACACAGAACACCAACGCAGGUGCAGACUUUGCUAACUUUGAUGCUUUCGGGAGUGCUUCUGAGACGAAGUGUGGUUUCCCGUCUGCACCUCAACCCCCAUUUCAGCCCUCCACCACAGCGUUCACUGUGCUCUCAUCCAGCUGCAGUAUGGGUGAGUUUGCCACUGCUCUGCCUCUUCGGGGUGCUCACAGUAGCACCUCAGGGGGACUAGCAAAUGCCAAUUUUGCAAUUUUUGACAACUUCCCCAAAUCGUGUAGUGCUGACUUUGGAUCCUUCAGUUCCUCCUCCCAGAGUAACCACACAGGAGCUGGCUGUAGCCCUCUACAGAGUGCUAGCGUUCCUGUCGAUAGAUACGCAGCUCUGGCUGACCUGGAUAACAUGUUUAGCUCUGCCAAUACAGAGCAAGGAGGUGGGAUUCCAGGAGGGGUGAGCUCUGUGGCGGCAGCAGGAGGAGCUGCGGGUCUGCCUCAAAGGCAGCUAGGAGGGACCACCGGGGGAGACCGCUACGCCGCAUUAGCAGAGCUCGACACCGCCUUCAGCUCCUCAGCUCCUGCUACCAGUGUUUACAACACCUCCAGCACCUCACAGGGCGGCGUGUUUGGAUCAGAGACAAUGAUGUCAACAGCACAAGCACAACAAGCCAUGCCUGGUGUGGUUCAGGGUUUUGGAGCACCAUCAACUAAUCCAUUUGUAGCUCCUGGUGUUGCCCCAGCUGCAGCUCCCACCAACCCGUUCCAGUGCAACGGCAGAGCACCAAAUGUGGCAGCUGCUGCAGGCUUGAUGAGUGCUCUGCAUUGGCAGGGUCAGGCCCCCACCUUUGCACCACCUUUUGGCACGGGCUCCAUGAGUAUGCCAGCUGGAUUUGGGAAUGCUGCAGCCUUCAACCUACCCACCAGCUUUAGUGGAACAUUCCAGCCACCCUUUCCUGGCCAGGCUCCUUUCCCUCAGCCUCCUGUGUUUCCUCAGCAACCCAACGGGGGAGGAUUUCCUGCCUUUGGCCAGGCCAAGCCUGUCGUGACUCCUUUUGGACAGGCUAUGGCAGCACCAAUGGUUCCUAACAAUCCCUUUCUGGGUUCGGGUCCACCUCCACAGUAUCCAGCUGGAGGCUCCUCAACAAACCCCUUCUUAUAGCGCUCCAUCUCAUCAGAUGCACUACAGGGUCAACAGCUGGCACGCUUGCACCUAUUGCACUGUUUUGUUUCACAAGUAGCUUUAUAAAAAACCAAAAAAAAAAAACCACAAUGUUUGUAAGAAUUUGAAAUUUUAAACGCAGUUUGUCGCAAAUGGAACAAUGUGCGAGGCAGUCGUUCUGACAACUGUCGGUGACAACAAAACAACAUGAUGGUGUGUGCCGAGGGCGAGGUUGAUCCUCUUCUAUUUAAUCUGUGAACUGGCCUGUUCUCUCCUGAGCCACAAUGUAUACUCAGACUGGCUGAAAACUAAAUUAUUGCAUUCAGUGUAUCUCAUUCAUUAUGCUGCAGUUCUGUACAUAUUACUUCUCCUUUAUGACACUAGCUCUUUGUGCAUAUCAGUAUUUGUAUAAUACACAGAAUUUAAGACAAGGCUGUUGCUUGGUUACUGCCAGUUUCUGUAUUUGUGAAGAACAAGCUGUUCAUUUGUGCAGAGUCUUUUUGGGAGUUGGUUGUUCUCACUACUUAGCCAGCAUGCAUAGGUGGGCCCCAUAUGGGGACACCGUACGGGGGUUUUCCAUGUUGGCCCUACAGGGGUUUACCCACAUACAUUUUUACAUGGGUUUUUAGAGGGAGCCAGAUGGUAUGACUCAUACAUAGACCCAUUAAAAUCUAUGUCGGCAAAUCCCUGUGGGGCCACCAUGGAGACUGGACAAACCCUGUUGGCACCCGUACGGUUUGCCCAUAUACAUCCAUAUGGGGCACACCUAUGCGUGCUGGCUGGGAAAAUGCUGUUAAACAAAUGAUUGCUGCAUCAGAAACAGGAGGACACUUUGCUCUACCAUCUUUGCCUUGCUGAAAGGCACAUAGUCACAACACUUGUGUUUGACAGUCAACCACACAUCUGUGCUGGAAAUCAGAACGACUGAAAACUGAUUUUAUUGGGUAUUAAAGAAUUUUAAGUUAAUGUGUAAAUAUAUACAGAAUGUAUAUUAAAAUCAAUUUUAAGUAAG